AUGGAACAUAGAAGUUUUCUGUCUGGCCUGAUACUGGCUGCCCUUCUCUCCCAAGUGAGCCCUUUGAAUAUCUCGGUGGAGGAACUUGAGGACAGAGUAUUUUUGACAUGCAAUGCCGGUAUCACGUGGCUAGAAGGAACGGUAGGACAAUUUGCCUUAGGGAAUAAAACUGUGGACUUGGGAAAACGCAACCUGGACCCACGAGGAGUGUAUGGGUGCAGUGAGACAGAUGGACAAACCAGCAGAACAUCUACUCUGCAAGUAUACUAUCGAAUGUGCCAGAACUGUGUGGAGCUGGACUCAGCCACCCUGGCAGGCGUCGUCAUCACUGACAUCAUUGCCACUGUGCUCCUUGCUUUGGGAGUCUACUGCUUUGCUGGAAACGAGACUGGAAGGCUCUCCAGGGCUGCUGACACUCAAGCUUUGUUGGGGAAUGACCAGCUCUAUCAGCCCCUUCGAGAUCGGAAUGAGGCUCAGUACGGUCGUCUUGGUGAGAACUGGGCUCGGAACAAGUGA